GAUUUCAAAUGUUUUGCUUAGCUAGAAGCUAUUGAAGAUCAUUGUUUGUGUGUGUAUAUAGCAAUGGAGACAGCAAUUGCUUUGAAUGAGCAUAUCCUAAAUAUCCGUAAAUUGUUUGGAGUGAAGAGGGAUGCAUUAUGUGUUUAUCAAGUGUUAUCUAAUUGUUUCAUGUCAAGGCCGAUGACUAAACAUAUAAUUGAAGAAAUUAUUCAAAGAAUAAUUGGAUUCUCUUUAAUGGAUUCUACAAAUGCUGAUAACAUUUGUAAAUAUGUUUAUAUAAUGAGUCUCCAAAAAGAUGAAGGUGUUGGAAUAACAAUACGUCGUAUAUUUUUGUAUAAUCUUGAAAGUUUAUUCAAAGAUCGUGAUAACAAAUCAAUCAUCAAGAACUCUUUAAUGUAUCGUAAUCUAGUUCAUUUUUUUUUGUGUGCUACUCAUUACAUGCGUAACCCCAUGAAACCUCCUGUGAAUGAUUUAGUUUCGGCCUUGUUGAUUCUUAUCCAUUCUCUGAACUGUUCAGAAAAUGAAGAAGACUUGGAGGUUUUUGCACAUGCAGUAGCUUGGAUUGGUGGUUAUUUCAACAACAGCGAUGAAACCAACGUAACUUGGCUUGCUUGGAGGGAAGCUUUGGAUAACUUAAGGCAAAGGAUUACGGAAGGUAAAGGAGGUGUUUGGGCACUGUGUUGCCUUGAAGCGGGCACCAAUAGCGGCAAGCUCUCUAUGCAACAUUUGCCUUUCUAUGCCGAGCGUCUCCUUCAAUGGCAGAAGCAAACUUUGUUAGGAAUGUCUAAUAUCAUUCCACUCCCUACAUCUUGUGUAAACUUUUUCAACCUAUCUAAUAUUUUGAAUUUCAUUCAGAAUGUAUAAAGGAUGAAAGAAUAGACUGUGUGUAAAUAUUCUUGUUUUAUGUACAUUAAUGUUUAUUGAGUUAUAAUGGCUUUAUCCUAGUUUAUAUUUGAAGAUUGGACAUCAGUAACUGGUUGAUUACCAAACAAAAAUUAAUCAAUUUUGAUACAACAAAAAUGUAAGCAAAUGCCAUUUCCAACAAGGGGUUAAAUGCCUUAAUCAUUAAUAAUGACAAGCAAUAAUAAUUUUUGUGUAAUUUAGCCUCCUUUUUAAGUUUAAAUUUUUAAGCUGGAAAUGACAAUUAAACUUACUGGUUGUAACUAUUUUUUUUAAAGCCUAUUGAUGUUCAAUCUUCAUAUGUUUUUUUCAUGAAGUAUUUUUUUUUUUUUUUUUAUGUAAUGUUACACUUGACAUAUAACAUUGUCUUUUUUUUAAUUUUUGUAUUCCGAUAAUAUGUAUUAUACAUAUAAAAUUUCUAUUGUUGUAAUAAUCUUUUUCUAGAUUAAAUAUAUUUCUAAAAUUUUA